AUGAGGAGCCGAUUAAAGAGGAGCCGACGGGGGAGGAACCAAGAGGAGCCGACGGGAGGACCAAGAGGAGGGCCGACGGGGACCAAAGAGGAAGCCGACGGGGGGAGCCAAAGAGGAGCCGACGGGAGGAGGAGCGACGGGGGAGCAAAGAGGAGCCGACGGGGAAUUCAAAGAGGAGCCGACGGGGAUUCAAAGAGAGCCGACGGGGGGAGGAGCAAAAGAGGAGCCGACGGGGAGGAACCAAGAGGAGCCGAGGAGGAACCAAGAGAGCCGACGGGGGAGAACCAAGAGGAGCCGAGGGAGGAAAGAGGAGCCGACGGAACCAAGAGCCGACGGGAGGAACCAAAGAGAGCGACGGGGGAGGAACCAAGAGGAGCCCGACGGGGCAAGAGGAGCCGACGGGGAUUCAAAGAGGAGCCGACGGGGAUUCAAAGAGGAGCCGACGGGGAUUCAAAGAGGAGCCGACGGGGAGGAACCAAGAGGAGCCGACGGGGAUUCAAAGAGGAGCCGACGACAAGAGGAGCCGACGGGGAGGAACCAAGAGGAGCCGACGGGGGAGGAACCAAAGAGGAGCCGACGGGGGAGGAACCAAGAGGAGCCGACGGGGGAGGAACCAAGAGGAGCCGACGGGGGAGGAACCAAGAGGAGCCGACGGGAUUCAAAGAGGAGCCGACGGGGGAUUCAAAGAGGAGCCGACGGGGAGGAGCCGACCAAAGAGGAGCCGACGGGGAGGAAGCCAAAGAGGAGCCGACGGGGAGGAACCAAGAGGAGCCGACGGGGGAGGAACCAAGAGAGCCGACGGGGAGGAACCAAGAGGAGACGAGGAAACCAAGAGGAGCCGACGGAGGAGGAAAGAGGAGCCGACGGGGGAGGAGGCAAAGAGGAGCCGACGGGGAGGAACCAAGAGGAGCCGACGGGGAGGAACCAAGAGGAGCCGACGGGGGAGAACCAAGAGGAGCCGGGGGGAGGAACCAAGAGGGGCCGACGGGGAGGAACAAGAGGAGCCGACGGGGGAGGAACCAAGAGGAGCCGACGGGGACAAAGAGGAGCGACGGAGGAACCAAGAGGAGCCGACCAAGAGGAGCCGACGGCCGACCAAAGAGGAGCCGACGGGAGGAACCAAGAGGAGCCGACGGGGAUUCAAAGAGGAGCGACGGGAUCAAAGAGGAGCCGACGGGGGAGGAGCCAAAAGAGGAGCCGACGGGGGGAGGAAAAGAGGAGCCGACGGGGAGGAACCAAGAGGAGCGACGGGGAUUUCAAAGAGGAGCCGACGCGGGAUUCAAAGAGGAGCCGACGGGGACGAGGAGCCGACAGGAUUCAAAGAGGAGCCGACGGGGGAGGAGGAGCCGACCACCAAGAGGAGCCGACGGGGAUUCAAAGAGGAGCCGAGGAAAGAGGAGCCGAGAGGAGCAAAGAGGAGCCGACGGGGAGGAACCAAGAGAGCCGACGGGGGAGGAACCAAGAGGAGCCGACGGGGAUUCAAGAGGAGCCGACGGGGAUUAA